AUGUCGCGCGCCUCCCCACCAAGCGUUCAGGGGCAGUCGCCAGCGGAUGCACUCCAAGAUUAUGCCCCAGAUCCUUACCUGUCGACCACAUCUGAUCCGGAGGAACUCAUGUUUCAAGCCAGUGCCAUUCUACUUACGCCGCGAGGGAGCCCUGGGCACUCGCACAGUGGUCCGAGCUCGUCCCCCGAAGAGUCUCGAACUGACUCCACCCAAAAACACUAUUUAGACCCGAGAGCGGGAGGUUAUGCGGACCUCAGCACCUGCGCUUCGCCUCACUCCGAUACGAGUAUCUUUGUGGAACCGAAAGAUAUCGAACUACCAAGAACUUCGGGAAGCUGGCAGAAUGAAAAUUUGUACGCAAAUGAAGAGCAUAAUGUGCCCGUUGGCUCUGCAUGGUCUACACCUUCAAAUGCCUUUCAGUGGUCGAGUUCAGAACACAAUCCGAAAUCAUCGUCUACGUCGACAGGCCUAGCACCUCAUGGAAAUACUAGCGCAAUGCAGCAUCCAAUUCCCCUCUCAUAUCAGUCCGGCCUCGGGGUCUUUAACGCAGGCAGCGAGCUGUCCCAACUCAAUGCCUUGGCCGACCAGGAACCCACUACCAAUCUUGCGUCGGAUGUAACCAGGGGGAGGAGCCCGGUGGUCAAGAUCACCACAUUUUCUCGAGGCGAUUCGCCCGCGGAACGCAGCAUAUCACCCGGAGGGCGUCUCGGCCAGUCCUACGCACAUCUAUCUGCGGACCAAGAGGAAUCGAGAAGCGAGCAUGAUGAUCGUCACUCGAUUUCGUCUGCGCCCGUGAAGCGAUCUGCGAACGGCGGGUGGAUUCCAAACUCCGUGACCCAACUAGCUGGCAUUGACCCUCAAUCCCGUGGCAACGAAUACGUGCCGAGUCCCAAUGACGUUCACAGUCAGCAAGUAAGGAACGAGAAAAACCAGGUCAUCUCCCACUGGACUGAGUCUGUGAGUGCAGCAAACAGUGAUGCUGGUGACCUCUCGCCUAGUCCACCGCGCCAACGCCCACGCCAUGUCUCCAGAAGACUGCGCGCGAGGAGCACUGGGGAUCACCCUUUGGAACAAGAAGACUACUUCAACUUGCAAUCCAGCGCCACAGACGGAACAUUCCCCGGGCCGGGAGUAUUAAUCCAUGAAAGCAGCGAGGACAUGAGCGAGAGCGAAGCAAGCGUUGGCACUUACUCUGAUGAAACCUCAGCCGAAGUCGAUGAGCCUGGCAGAUAUGAUCGUAGCACCCCCGAUAUCUACACAUCUCUGUCACCAACCAAGACAGAUGAGAACAUCCGGCUUUAUCCCUGGCAUGACCCCCCUCGCGACCCGACACCCAGAUCGCAUGCAAUGCAGCCAUACAGUUCCACACAGGCAAUGAUAGCGUUCGAGAAGCGCGUACGUGAUCUCGAAACUGCAUCGCUUGCGGCAACCAUUGAUAACAACAGCAUCAUCAAUGUCGGCUCAUCUCUCGCUAAUUUUUCCCUCUCCGAACAACCUAAAAAGCGAGGUAGUUUGUUCAAGCGUCUGCAGGCAUCCUCCAUACUGAAGCGCCAAGCGUCUGACCUUUCCAUGGGUCCGUCUGUUCAUUCUAACACCUACCCUGGACUUCCGCAGGAUGAUAUAGAGAACGCACCGGCGAAACAGAGUUACUCACCCAGAAGCAUGUUCAACCGUCGCCAUUCGCGGUCGCCGAGCUUGAGCAAUGCACUUCUUUCAAUGACCAGUCAAAUGGCUGCUGUUGGGGGUAGUCAGCCUGUGCGAGCUGUGUCACCUGCACCGUCGCCGAAUCCAGAGAGGAGCUCCUUGAACAUCCAAUUCAAAGGUCGAGGCCGAAGCAGAAGCGAGCUCCCCCGACCAAGUAGUCCUGGGCUGAUCAAUCUCAUGACCGCCCACGGGGGCCCACCAGUCCCAAAACUCACAUCGCCUCGACUCAGCCCAGACACCGAUCAAACAGCUAGAACUACACCUUUGGGCCCUGGUGUCGGUGGCCCCGAAGAUGAGAGCGACGGUGACGUGGGAGAUGUCAAAGGCGUGGUCAUGGAGUUCCCGGCUAUCCAGAGUCUUCCAGUCCCAACAUUGGAAGGGUUCAAAUCGCAGAUCAUGCAACUGAAUCCAAGACUCGAGCCGGCUUUGAUUCAUCGUCUCGCACACGAACAAGACCGUCGAUAUAAGAUGUUAGUCGCGUUGCAGCAGAAACACACCAUUGAGACUACCAGCCGCACAUGUAAAUCUGGCAGCUUUUGUCCUGCGCAGGGAGGACAACCUACCUUAUUGCACGAUCCCAAGGCACCCGCCGAGCCUGAGUCGGGACAAAUUCAAUUCAGGGUGACGAAUUUCGGCCACGGACACGAGCAACAGCGAAGGUACCGUGGCCGCGGCACAUUCCCUCCCGGGGUGCCCCUUCCGCCAGUCAGUCGUCUCCCCGCUCGAUUCGAGUGCCCCAUUUGCUUCCAGGUGAAAACGUUCCAGAAGCCAUCCGACUGGUCCAAACAUGUCCAGGAAGAUGUACAGCCUUUCACAUGCACCUUCCCUCACUGCAAUGAGCCCAAGUCGUUCAAGCGCAAAGCAGAUUGGGUUCGGCAUGAGAAUGAAAAGCAUCGACACCUGGAAUGGUGGACCUGUGCGUUCCCCGAGUGCAAUCACACAUGCUACCGUAGGGACAAUUUUGUUCAGCACUUGGUUCGGGAACACAAAAUGCCCGAGCCUAAGCCCAAGAAGACCAAAUGCCCCAACCCUGCAGAUGUCGAGGCUGUGCCGAAUAGCCGAAGGGAACAGGAUGUGGAAAGGUUGUGGAAAAUGGUGGAGGAAUGCAAACACAACACCACUCAAGCCCCCCAGGAAGAGCCAUGCCGCUUUUGCGGGAAUGUCUGUCGGGACUGGGGUAAAUUGUCAGUUCACCUUGGCAAGCAUCUGGAGCAACUAGCAUUGCCCGUUUUGCGACUAGCGAAGCCAAGCACUGCCCCGGCCCCUGUCGCCAGUACUAGCCAUAUGCAACCGGCCCGGGGAUCGACCUCCGCAACCUAUCCCUCGGCCGCGAUGUAUCACCCUGGACAUCAAGCACACGAAACGUCAUCCGCCUCCCACCUGCAGCCGCAAUACGCGAUCCGAAACACUAGUACGCCCGUCAACCCUGCGUUCUCAAUCAACAACGUUCCGCUAGCAGACUAUUCCACCAUCUCCGACGGCGAGUUUUCUAUGGAACCAGACUCUAUCACGGAUUCUCCCGCCCCUGAUCAUUUCCCGGCCUACGCCCCGACAGGGCAGUUUGGCCAGAACACCCUCCUCUCGGCUGAGGCCCAGGCGUAUCCCCUGCAUCAGAACUCGGUGUCAUACCCACCGCCUUACAAUGCUGUUCCGAGAACAAAUAUCUCAGAGAUAGCCAUGCCACAAAACUCGUAUCCUCUUGCCCAAUUUCUCCCCCAGUCUUCUCUUUGCCCCGCAGAAGGAACUUAUCCUGCUUACCAAGUCAUGGAAUCCAGUGUCCCCUAUACUUCCUCUGCUUACUCUUCUGGAUGA